GUCGGCCUGGGGGCCGUUCGCGCGUGCCGGUCUCUAUCUCCCCGCUGCAGCGCGGACAAUGCGUUGGCAGCAAGGGGCGAAACUUGCGGGGAAAGCGGGCGGUGUGAGUGUAACAGACCCAGGCCCCUACCCCAUGGCGCAGUGAGUUCCCCAGAGCCUCCCUCCACGGGGGCUUGAAUCCUCAGCGCCUCCUUUGGCGCUUGCCCAGCAGGCGAAUGUGAACCGGCGGCUUUGAUCCUACCGGCUCCGUCCAAACGCUCCGCCAGCCCUGGCAUCUCCCCGCCGCCGUGUGCCCCCCGCCCCCCGGAACCGAGGCGCCCCCCCCCCACAUCUCGCUGCGCUGCCCCCCCGCCCCCCAGCUCCGUGCACAACCAACCCCCAGGGCAGCCCUGCCCUGCAGCGGCGCAGCCAGCUCGGCCGAAAGGGGGAUCCUGCAUCUUUAAAUGGGAUGUAAUAUUUUGGGAUGGGCUUUUUCAUAACGUCACUUCAUUCCUCGCUCCCUUUUUUUUUUUCAUUUUCUCAUUCUUUCUUUCCUCUCUCUUGUGCCCGUGUCUCAAAUGGAGCGAAUUUCUCUGUAACUUCCCCGACCGCUCCCGCUCCGUCCCCAUCACUUUUGUUUGGGGGGGGGGAUCUUGUGUGGGGGGGCUGGAGAUCUACCCCCCUCCCCCCCGUGAAGAUGAUUAUUUUUUCUCUUAAAUUUCGGGUUGAUUUUUUUUCCUGUUAAAGUUGGAUCUUUCGCGCUCUCUUUAUUUUGGGUCCCCCCCCAACACCCCCCCCCCCCCCCGCCUGCGAUCCGUCUCCAGAGAAGAGAGAGAUUCCGGAGAAGGAGAGGGGGGGAACCUGCUUCAGCCUUCGAAAUGACUCAGUAACUUUUGCGCCUUGGGUCUCUCUUCUGCAAUUAGUCAGUUUCCCAGAUCAGCUCGGGAUGUAUUCGUCUCCUCUGUGCUUAACUCAGGAUGAGUUCCACCCGUUCAUCGAGGCGCUGCUCCCCCACGUCCGGGCCUUUGCCUACACCUGGUUCAACCUGCAGGCCCGCAAGCGCAAGUAUUUCAAGAAGCACGAGAAGAGGAUGACAAAGGAUGAGGAGAGGGCGGUGAAGGACGAGCUGCUGAACGAGAAGCCCGAGGUCAAGCAGAAGUGGGCGUCCCGGCUGCUGGCCAAGCUACGCAAGGACAUCCGGCCCGAGUUCCGGGAGGACUUUGUGCUCUCCAUCACGGGCAAGAAGCCCUCCUGCUGCGUCCUCUCCAACCCCGACCAGAAGGGCAAGAUGCGGCGCAUCGACUGCCUGCGCCAGGCCGACAAGGUGUGGCGCUUGGACCUGGUCAUGGUGAUCCUCUUCAAGGGCAUCCCGCUGGAGAGCACGGACGGGGAGCGGCUGGUCAAGGCAGCCCAGUGCACCAACCCCAUCCUGUGCGUCCAGCCCCACCACAUCAGCGUCUCCGUCAAGGAGCUCGACCUGUACCUGGCCUACUUCGUCCGCGAGAGAGAUUCGGAGCAAAGCAGCAGUCCGAGGACAGGGAUCGGCUCGGACCAGGAGGACAGCAAACCGAUCACAUUGGAUACAACAGACUUCCAGGAGAGCUUUGUCACGUCAGGGGUAUUCAGCGUCACGGAGCUCAUCCAGGUCUCCCGAACACCAGUGGUGACAGGCACGGGGCCAAAUUUCUCUCUGGGUGAGUUGCAGGGUCAUCUGGCCUAUGAUCUGAACCCCUCGAGCACUGGCAUGAGAAGGACGCUCCCCAGCACCUCCUCCAGCGGGAGUAAACGACACAAGUCUGGCUCCAUGGAGGAUGACAUAGACACGAGUCCGGGGGGCGAGUACUACACCUCGCCCAGCUCACCCACGAGCAGCAGCCGCAAUUGGACAGAAGACAUGGAAGGGGGCAUCUCCCCCGUGAAAAAGACGGAGAUCGACAAAUCGCCCUUCAACAGCCCAUCGCCCCAGGACUCCUCUCCAAGGCUGAGCUUCACCCAGCAUCACCGUCCGGUCAUUGCCGUGCACAGCGGUAUCGCUCGAAGCCCACACCCUUCAUCUACUCUGCAUUUCCCCACCACCUCGAUCCUCCCCCAGGCGGCCUCCACCUACUUCCCCCACACGGCCAUACGGUACCCGCCUCAUCUCAACCCGCAGGACCCUCUGAAAGAUCUCGUCUCACUGGCCUGCGACCCGUCCAAUCAGCAGCCUGGACCGUUAAAUGGCAGUGGUCAAGUGAAAGUGCCCAGUCACUACAUUUCCACCCAGAUGCUGGCGCCGCCACCUCCCCCUGGCAUCCCCCGGUUGGCUCUCUCUCCUGACACCAAAUCCACCACGACAACUUCCGAGGGCGGGACAACCUCACCGACAUCACCCACCUACUCUGCACCCGGCACGCCCCCUGCGAAUCGCUCCUUCGUGGGAUUAGGACCAAGGGAUCCGGGGAGUAUGUACCAGGCACAGUCCUGGUACCUGGGAUAAUCACAGCUGCCCCAUCCCGUCGCCUCCCUUCUCCUCUGCUUUGGGCGUCCCGAGAGGAAAAGAAGUAACAGCCCCAGGCCCAGCCUUUCGGUGAAGAUGGAGAGAGCGAAUUACCGAUGACGACGACGACGAAAAGAAAAAGAGACCCACACCCAAGACGUUACAAGGAAGGAAGGAAGGAAAAGAUUCAAACUUUUUUAAAAAGUAAAAACAAGCAAAAACCCUACAGACAAAACAGCGAUCCACGCACACGACGAUGCGGAGUCCCGUUUGCCAGAAACACUAUUUGCCCUGCCGGCUGACCUCCUGGGAAGAGAACGGACACAGCUCAUGACACAGGUCUCUUCCAGCAGCAGCAGUGCCGGAGUCUCGCCUGCAGUUCUCCAAAGGGUUGUAUAUGCAAAAUUGUCUUUCCAAUUUUCUCCUUCAUUCUCGCCUCUCGUGAGUAGAAAAGAACAAAUUUCCCAGGCUCCCCCACCCCACCCCAGCCCACCCUUCUCAGCGAACUGUUUACUUUCCAGGAGGGUGCUGGGGCUGGGUGGGAAGGCAAAGAGACAAGGCAUUCGGUUGUUUCUGAACCAGAGGUGCUGGGUGGAGCAGGCGAGCGCUCCUUCGUGCUGUUGCUCCCUGUUCCACCCCAGACAAGACGCCUCCAGCCAGCUGCUGGCCCAGAGUUCGGACAACGCGUUCGCCUUUUCUUUGUUUUUUCUUAAAUGCUCUAUGCCAUUAAAUGCUCUUCGUUAGGGUGGGGAACGGAGCCCUCCUGGGAUCUUGGCACUAGAGGAGCGGCAUUGUGGGGAAGCGGGGGUGGCGGGGGUACACGGGCUGGAGCCCCUUUAAUCCUUCUCUUUCUCGGAUUGCCUUUGGGCACUACCAGCUGCAGAAGGGGAGGGACAAAACUCGGCUGUCCCCUGAGCUGAGCCCCGGGCUGUGCAUCUGGGCUCCUCUGUACGUAGAGCCCGUGUUUCCAGGCGAGGAACAAGCAGGCCAACCGGGGAGCAGGGCACUGGCUUCAAGGGGGGACGUUGCCACAGCUUGGAGCCUUGGCACGAACCAGCACUGCAGGAGGAGAUGGGUCCGAGACUCACCAUCCGGCUGGCUGGAAUGCGCAAGGCGCAGAGAUAACGCUGCUGUUCAGAUUGGCACUAACGGGCUCUGGGAAUUAGCCCUGGAGCUCCGUUUGGAAAUGAAGGGGGUGGAAAUUUCUGAAUUACAGAUCGGCUGAAACAGCUGAGUCCAAAACUCCAAAUCUCUCCUCUGGGAAUAAUUCUCCCGAUGGCGUCUGCUAUUCCCCAGGUGCCUUCCCCUGCUGCCGAGCCCUGCCAACCGGAGCCAGCUUGGGAGCAAAUCCCUGUCUCUCUGCAGUGAAAGACACGACGCCAGUGUCCUGCUGGGUGUGGCGUGGCAUGGCUCCGUCGCAGUCCGUGGGUGGGACUAUUCCACCCUUACGUGGGUGUCAUGCCCAUAGCGCAGGGCAGCGCCAACGUAGCAUGCCACACUGGUAAACUUUCCAUCCUGGAGCUUACGCUGCGUAGCUCCUGGCAAAUGUGGGGCCUGUUUGAAAACCCCGCAACUCUCUUUGUGUGGGGGGGCGAGGCGGGGCUGGACUCUGCUACCAGGACAGGGCCUGGGAUUUGUGUGGACUGAGUCUUCUUCUCGCUUGGCUCUGGAAAGUUAGGAUGGGACAGGUGGGCCGAGGGGAGGGAAGGGCGGAGCGAGAUUUCCCCCGCGCACCUGUGUACAAAGAGCUAUGCACACCUGUGGACAGGUACCAUGUAGACUAGUGGCGAGAUGGUUGCAAUUGUGUUGCACAUUUUGUAGGAAAUGCACUUUUAAGAGGGAAUGAUAAAAAAAAGAGCAGCAGCAGCAGGAGAGUGGAGCUCCCGGCACUGGCUUGUUGGGAGAUUUUUUUUUUAAAGAGAGAGGAUUUGCUUCCUGAGAGGCUGCACCACAGAUGGGACACACCCUCCCCCCCACCACCCCGUUUGUGGGGCCGGAGUAGGCCUUGGAUCCAUGACUUGGGUAGGCAAGGUGCCCUAAAUUCAGACGGGUGGGGGCCGUGACACCACUGGGCUCUGCCCAGCUCAGACACCUCCCCAUUUCCUUCUCCCCGGCCAGUCGCUCCCCAGCCCCCGCCAUACAACGCAGUUCCUGACUGGUUCAAGUGCCUGAAUUUUCUACUGCCGUCCCCUGGGCGUCGGCGAGCUCAGAGAGCCAGGGCCGGGGCUGAGCUUUCACCUGUCCGCAGGGCUGUGGGAGCCGGGCAGGGCUCGGGAUAUUAGCGAGACGUGCCGUGGAGGUGGGCACUGGACCCGCAUGUGUUGGCGAGAGAGAUGCUCUCGAGUUACACAGAGCUCGUCUGCCUGCCGAGAAGCAUGAAGACAAACGGCCCCGUUCACUGUGAUCCCUGGCUGGGCCCGAGAGGGGCGCGCGCGCCAGCUUUACAUGGGGAAAUCACCCGGUUCGCUGAGAAGCUAAAUUAAACGACACGAGCCGGAGCAUGGGCUGGGCUCGGCGAGGGAGAGACCAGGGCCGGACUCCGCCCGCCGAUCCAGGAUCCUGAGAGGGUGAGACGCCGUUGCCAGGCAGUUCUUGGAGGGCUGCCUCUUCCGAACGAAAUCUUUCACGCGUGCCGCACACGCAGCAGCAAGAGGAAUGGGGCCAUUGGCUGCGCCCUUUGGCAGUCGAAAGUGUGACCAGGGAGAGGGGGACCUCUGCUCCCUGGAACAGCCGUGCCUGGUGGGGCACUGGUGCUAUGGGACAGAGGCCCCCGCACACUCGGAUCCUCUGUUCGUUCACGGCAGAGAGCCGUGUGAAUUCACCGAGCCAGCACCGUCCUCCCUCCCUGGCCCAUUUCAUGCCCACCCAGGCAGCCCCUUAGGAGAGUGCUCGAAAGGUCCAACCUGCUUCCUCACCAGUUCCUGUCCGAGCAUGGAGCGAGCUGUGGGUCUGCAGUGGGGCCCGGAGAGAGGAGACCCCGCCUUGGCCCUCUGCAGGCAGCACCGCCGGUUAGUGCCUUAGAUCAGCAGCGGGAGUGCGCUGCCCCUCCCGCCUCCAGCACGGCUGGGCCCCUGGGUGCCCCUGCCCGCUGUCUGCUCCGCUUUACGCAGGCAAUUGCCUGUGGUGGAGAAACGAGGGGCCGUCCCCCCACUUCCUGCCCAUAGAUACACCAGGGGUGGGGGAGGGAUAGCGGCAGGGCAGGUGUCUCUGGGGUGGGGGAGCCCAACGGCCACGGAGCAAAGCGGCAGGAAUCCACGCAGAGAGAGGACCACCCAACCGCCAGCACCUGUUGGCAUAGCCCAGCGCCAGGCGGUGCCCUCGGGAGCCCAGCGCCGCUGUUCCCCAGCCACGGGGCAUCAUCAAACACGGGGAGAAUCCCAAAGAGGAGUGAGGUGCCCAAUUCCCAGUGACUGUCAAUGGCACCAGGCCCCACCUGCCCCUAUGCCUGAACAUCAGUGAGUCAGCCCGUCCCCCCUCACACCCACCUCCACCAGCACGGGACCCCGUCUAGAGCUGGCCCCAGACGACAGCCUCCUCGGGCACAGCAAGAGCGGCAGUUGCCCCCUGGCCAGCCCCUGCCCUGCUCCCCGGCUCCAGGCUCUGCUGCGCCCGGCGAGGGGAGAAGGGGCGUUAUGGGGCCGGGCAUUCCCAGCCCGAGGGCCGUGCACACUUCCUAAUGGAGGAGAGAACCAGCAGGAAAGGAGGAAGAGGAUGGCAGAGGAGCGAUGACUGGAGAGGAAGGCUGAAAAUGGGCUGCCGGGCAAAAAGGAGCCAGGAAACUGGAGCUCUCUUUGCAGCAGGGAAACGCCAGGCACCUGCAAGUCAUUCCUGCACUGCUUCUCCGCUGGGCUUACACUGAGUCCUCUCCAGAGCGGCAGGAAAAUCCAUCUCGGCCCUACAGUCCUGUGCACCCCAGGCCAGGCUCCCCUCCUGUCCCCGCUCUCCCCAGGAGAUACCCAGGUUAAUUAUGGGGGGCAAAGGAUUCCAGGUCUGGUUCAGCCUCCCCCACUGCCCUGGAGGCUGCUUCCUGGGUCCGCUCCAGGGGUGCACAAAUAGACCCCGCUCCGUUGCCUGCAGGGACUGACUGGGUAUUCGAGGCUGCAGCAGAUGCUGAUCACCUGUGACAAUCAUUUCUACCCCCCCUGCCCACCGCAAUGGCUUCCUGCUCAGCCCAGAGCCCCUCGAUUCCUCUCUAUCUAUCCCCAUUCACCCCCGUUAUCUAUCUAAUCUAAUCUAUCUAUCCCUAUCCACCCACCAUCUAUCUAUCUAUCUACCCACCCCCUUUAUCUAAUCUGUCUAUCCACCCCCUUUAUCUAGUCUAUCUAUCCCCAUCCACCCCCAUCUAUCUAAUCUAUCUAUCUAUCCCCAUCCAACCCCUUUAUCAUCUAUCUAUCUAUCCUCUCUCUCUCUCUCUCUAGUCCCAGUCGCGUCUAGGCACUGGCUCCAGUGAGAAUCGGAGGUGCUUUCCUUUGAAUCAAACUCUUUGCCCCCCGUGGCUUUGUACAGUUUUGGGGGGUGUUCUCCCACUAUUUCUUCCCCUUCCUUGUGCCCCCCAGCCGCUUCCCCUCCGCCCCCUUCUCUGGCAUGCCCGACACAGAGAUGCUGGUUUCUCCUCCCCGACAGGAGCUCGGGCCUUUGGAAGUGACUUUCAAUCAGGCAGCGAGUCAGACACGAAAAGGAAGAGGGGCGCUCCUUUGCUCCCACCCCGGGUACACGUUCUGCUUCCCCAGAGCUCGGGGCAGCGCGUGGCCCUGUGGCAAUUCACACAGCUCCCAGGGCCUGCGCGGCCCGACGGACCAUCCAAAGCCAAAGCAAGGCAGGGCUGGAUCAGGCCUGAUGCGAUCCCAACACCUGCAUUUUCCAGUGAGGGCUGUGGCUUCGGCACCCUGCUCUCAGCGCUGGGUUUUGGGAGCUAGACUGGCUGGUUCCAAGGAGCCAUUUUCACAAUCGGGCCCAGGGGCCGGCCAAACCUUGCAUACCAUGUCCAGCUCCAAGGUGGGACCUUAUCUGGCAGGGGGACAGAGGGACCUCAUUUCUGGUGCCCCUGUGGGAGGGGCUGACACAGGAAGUCCAAAACAAAAGCAAUUGAUGGAGAGGGGGGAAAAAUUUAAAAAUACAAAAAAAAAAAUAAAAUAGAAAUAAACUGCAUGGUGCUUUAACAGGAACUCAUGUGACCUAGCUCAACCAAUCAGCUACUGGCUGAUAAUGUGCAUGGCAGACUGUAUAACUGGCUCUACCUUCCCCCCCCCCUACGAAAAAUCAUGUAUAAAAGAAAAAAAGUUUAAAAAUCCAUGUUUCCUAAUUUGCACGAAAUUUGAUACCACAUGAUGUGCCUUGCCUUCUAAGCCUAAGUGUUAACUGUACUGGUAUCACUGCACAGGAAUAGCUGCAUGCACUGGUUCUCGUAGUAAAAUUAAGGGGGGAGGGAUGGGACUUUUCGCCAUUUGUCAAACCCUUCAGGGUUCAGUUGGGGGCUGUUGUUUGUUAAUUUUCUUUUUUAAGUGUGUGUCGGUUCUGAUGUCCUGGGGAAGGCUCUGCGCGGCUCAGAAAUGUUGGGAUGGCGUCACAUAGGGCUGGGGUCGAGGCUCAGCUAUGCUGGCGUAAUCCGGGGCGCGCCCCUUCUGAUCCUGCUUAUGCCUAACUUGCGGCCUUUGUAACCCCAUUGGCUUCAAUGGGGUUACUCCAGUUUCACACCAUUGUGACCCCGUUCACAUUCAGUGCAGUUACUCCAGUUUCACACCAGCAUACUGAGAUGAUGAGUCUGCCCCCAGACCGUACGUUUGUUUUGUAAUCAGGCGUUAUACCCCGACCCCUCCAUACUGGCAGACAGGACACGGAAAUAAAUAACCAGGGAACCUUCCUGGGUUUCAGAAUCAGAAACCAACGAAAUUUGCAAGGGGAGUGUGAAACAAACAAAGCCCUGGCCUGGAGUCUUUUGUCUGAUUGAGGCAGGUCCGAGAGGGGAGCUGAGCGGAGGUUGAAGAAUAACCUCCUGGUUUCUAGUGCUCCCAGCAGGAAGAUUGUCUUGGCAAUCAGCCCCAGGUAGAGAUUUCUUUUGCCCCCUCUCGCCCAGCCUCCCAACUUGUCCAGGCCAAAUUAGGCAGUAGCUCUCCCUACAUUAGCCAUGCACAUGGUUUCUUUUUGCUUGCAUUGGGCACUGAGUUGCCAGGCUGUCCCGUUUAUUACCAGCUUCCCCUCCUAUACGUCUUCCAGCUGUUCAUACAAAGUGCAUCUUGUAUGAAAAAAAUAUGCAAUACCUGUUUUGUCUGUGUUGAUAGCUCCGUUAGCUGAGACUCUCAGUGACUGAUCCAACCCCGGCGGGGCAGUGGGAGGUGUUUUGUGGCAUGGGGUGGGGGAGGUGGGAUUUUGUGUGGUUUUUCCUUUUCCUUUUUAAUUGACCAAAGUUAAUGAGCACGGCAGCAGAAUCUCCCUCCUUCCACAGCAAGCGCUGGGUGGGGGGGACGGGACACCUGUACGUUCUGGUGUGGCGGGGAGGGGGGGCGGGGGAAGGAUUCAUCAUUGGUAUUAGCAUCGUGUUUCCUUUGAGAAGGGCAGUUGGUUCUGAGACGGGCCUGGAUCCUAGAGGUCAGCUGUGAAGCCAGGGCCAGGCCCACAUCCUGACCUCAGAAUCAAGGGCAGCUGGGGGAUUGUUUCUAUCUUCCCGGUGAUUUUAUUUUUAAAUCACAUUGAUUUACCUCCUGGAGAGGGGAAUCCACUGGCUCCUUCUGUGCUGAGCCUCCGGCCAUGCACCCAGAUAGCUCAGCAGCCACGCUGGACUGGCGGGCUCCCAGGGGUGGUGGGUCGUUGGUGCUGGCUGGAGGAGAUGUGAUCAGGCCAGUCCCUAGGGAGGCAUGCUUCACAGUGUGACGGGAGUGGAGGGGCGUUUUCAGGGAGAUGGCGGGUCUGCCACGUGCUGGGCUGGCAGGGGCGCGGUGGGUUUCCAGUGAAGGGAAAGGGGGAGCAAGGGGUGCGAGCAUCCAGAUCAGAGAGAAAAGGUGUGUGAAUGCCGGACGUGCUGUUCCAGAGGAACCCCAGGGCCGUUGCCUCUCCAGAUGCUGCUGGGACAGUGCCACCAUCAGCAGGAGAGUCUCUCUCCCCCUCGCAACGACCCGGGGUUCUUCUGGAGCCACCCGCAGGCUAUGGAGCCGCCACAUGCCUCUCUCAUCCCACUGAGCCCAGAUCAAAGAGACCCCCUCCCCAGCCAGGGCAGGAUUCACACUCCCUGGGUGCGGCCCCCCGUACGUCACCUGCGUUUAAAUAUAUAAACAUGAGUUCUCUGUAGGAGACUCGCCAGGGCCUGCUCAGGGCCAGGCCACGUGGGGAUGAGCCAGCAAAGGGGCAGUUGAGAGAUCCCAGUGUCGCAUGCCCUCUCCGGGCCGGUCUCCCCCAGGCCCUGGCACUUGCCGUGAGCAGUGUGUUCUCCGUAGCGCCUCAGCCUGGUUUGGGAGGCAGAAAGAAGAAAAUUAGACUAACUUUUUUUGGUACAAACCCUACAAGAAACGGUUCCCGUGCCCCGGGCCGAUGGGGCCGUUCCAACCAUUCCACAUGUCACAAACCAGCAACCCUCCCACCCCCCCCCAACACACGCAGCAUUGCUGGGCCAGCCAGCCAAGCAUCAGGAGCCCGCCUCCCAGAAAUGAUGAGACUGGCUGGAAAAUCAUGAGAUUUAGAGAUAAAAUAUGGGUUCUUUGGCUUUCCUACCGGUGCUGGAGUCUCCAGAGGAUUUCAAGCGGGUCUCCCAGCCAGGACGGCUAAAACAGGCCUUUAGAUUUGAAACGCAAGUCUCCCUAAUCCUCCACCUCUGUGAGCUGGGGGUGCGAAGGAAAACAAGGCUGGCCAUUAAACCGGCAAGCGUGGGCAAUGCUGGGAGAUGCCGGGAGUGCCCCCCGAGCUGGACGUGAUGGCUCUGGGCCCAUUUCUGCUGCCCCAGGGUCUCACUGACUGCUCAGGUGGCUCCAACUGUGUUACGCCUGAUUUACACCAGUGCAAGUGAGAUUAGGGCCAGGCUCUGCCCUACACCAGCAUGGGACAAGUGGACGGAGCCGUCCGCAAGACUAGCUGCUUUAAAAACACCCUGGGCUACAGUCUUGCACUAGGCCUACGGCCCACUUAAGUGCCACAUCAGCCCUUAAGCGGGACAUAGGCCUUGGGGAACUUGAGUCAUCGUGUGCCGGCCCUCUGCUGAGGGGUGAAUUUCAUCCCAGUAGAAGGAUCUACCCCUGCGGCAGGCAGUUACCACCAUCCACCCGUCAUUCCAGACUUGCCGCUGCGGUGUGGUCGCCCCCUCCGAGCCAGAGAUGCCUUGGAAAGACGGAGGCUUUGCUGCCCCUCGCUCACGCCCAGCGCUGGCAGGCCCCCCGCUGCUGACGGUUCCACACACACACGCACACGACGUGAACAAUCAGCCAGAGCCAACGGACCUGGAAGCAAAAGUGGCUUUGUUUGAGGAGGAAGGUUGUUUGUGUCAAGAGUGCUAGAUGAUGGCUUUGCGAUGGGGGGCGGCUGGGCGAGCGACCGGGACAGAGGAAGGCUAGAAUUGUAGAAAGCUCCUCGUGGGUUUGGUUUCCUCUCUUGUGUAUUUUUUUUACUGUUGCAUUCUUCGUGCCAUGGGCCGGAGAGGGAGGGAUUUGAAGCAAGGGACGCAUUUGUGGAAAGUCCUUGGGGGAUCUUUUUAUGCAAUGUGCAGUAUUGUUUUCUGCAAGGACAAUGCAACGCGGGUAGCUGUAGUUUAUUUUAAAAGACAAAAAAAAAUCCCCCAAAAAAAGACAAAAAAGAAAAGAAAAGCAGGUAAAAAACCCCACAAAAAAAAAUCACCCACAACCUAACCGACAAGUGAACGAGUUUGCAGGCCACACGCCCGCUGUGACCGACUCUGCGGGAACCGGGCUGGGCGGUAACCCCACAACAAUCCAACCGCUUCAGUGCAAGAGCUCCUGACACAGCAACUGCCUUUGUGUUCAUACCACGGAAGAAGGGGUGGAGGCAGGGGGCGCUGGAUGCUUUCUCGGUGGAUGGGGCCUGAGUCAACCUCCAACCACGCCCAAUUGCUCAUGCGGGCACAACGCCCAUUGAGCUGAGCUGGGCUUUGGCCUGUGCGUGGCUCAUACAGCUGAGCCCUAAACAGAGUCUGGCAGAGAAAUCCAGGUGCGGACAGCAGCCUCUCUCUGUGGCAGGAGUGCAAAGCACUGCUCACGUUUUCUGUCCCACCCAAAAAACUUCCGCUCUCGGCCGGGUAAAGAUUGGCUUCAAUUUUUCCAUUCCGAGCCUUCAGAUUCCGGCAUCUCUGCUGUUGGGCCGGUGAGAUCUUUGGGCCAGGCCAGGGCCACCAACCCAAACCCCAGAACUGUCUAGCUGUAGCAUUUCAUUUUUUCUGGCUUGUUUCAAAGACAGCCACAAAAAAUCCCCCACGAAGAAAUUGCACCUUACCAAACGUUCCGACCAAUCCAGGGGGGCGCUGAGCAGCACGGGGGCGCAAGCGUUGGCUGGUUGACUGGGCUCUUUCGCGUCCACCAAUGAAAGGGAAGCUCACACCGCCCCCUCCUCCUCCCCUGGGAAAAUUUGCACUGUUCCACUCACCACACUUUUCUUUGCCGUUUCUUAGUUACCCCAGCCCCAGGGGCCAGGAGAGGGGCCCAGCAAGGGGGCGACCGAGGCAGGUGGGACCAGGGUGGACUGCAGCCUGCAAGGUCUGUGUGAUCAGACAGCCCAGAGACCAGGCACAGGAGUUCAGACCCAGAUCCCCAUUCUUCUGAAGUCCAGGCCUUGUCAGAGCCAGUUUUGGUUCAGGUUCUGGGGGCUGUUUGUGCCGGAGGCUGUGGCUCAUUGCUAGAGACCAGCAGGGCAAUCCUGCACUCGCUAAUGCCACUGACCCCAGCGGGGUUAGUUCUCAUUUACGCGAGGGCAGAAUUCGGUCCCCUGGCCUCCACCCCCUUGUCUGAGACGUGCUCCCAGGCCCUGCCUGACAGAAAUAUGCAAAUUCCAUCACAGUCUCCACCUCCAUUGUCUUUUGUACCCUUUGAGGGUUAGUUUGGUUUGGUUUGGGGUUUGUUAUUUUUUUUCUCUGUGACUUUUUAACUCCAAACAAGGCAGCAGCCUGAGCUGGGGAGCAGAGAUCACUGCGCGCGGUAGACACUUAGCACGGGAUGUUGGGUUUGGUUGUUUCAUUUUUUUUUCUUUCUCUGCUGUAUCGAUACAAUCACAUAGUUCAGUCAUUGAAAUAGACACAUAGCCGUUCACAAUGGUCUCUGGAAAUAUCUUGGCAAGGCAAGGAUCUGGGGCGGGGCGGGGGGGGCGGGCUGAUGCUGCCAGGCACUGGCAGGACAGGCCCAUGGGAGAGGAAGGGCACGGGUGGUGGCUGAAGAGAAAUACACCCCAUCAGCGUCAAGCUAAGGGUCUUGUUUCUCCACACAAACUCCUGGAACUUUUAGCUCUUCUAGAGUCUCUAGACAAUCAGCUUGGGGAGCAGCCUGUGUAGCCUUCGCUGGCAUGGAGGGCGGACAGGGACUGUGAUGGACCCAGUCCAGACUUCUUCCCGGGGUUCUGAACAGUCCCAAUCCCCAACUUCCACUGAGAGACAAUCCCAAGACGCACCCUAGGCUGGGGAGGUCUCCUUCCCUCCAGCCUCUGAGCCAUGCACUCAACCCUCCCCAAGCAGAGACAGCCCCCAUCCGCUGGAGCCCUCCAUGCACAGCCAGGCAAGGCGCAGCGCUUGCUGAGUUCAUUCAUGCACUACAGUUUCUCUGGAGGGUUCUUGAUUUUUUCGUUGUUGUUGUUGUUGUUGUCAACGUCUAAAAAUCUAACACAAAGAGUUCUCGUGACCUACAAAUAGAAAACCAUGUACAUAUCUCUCUCUAUAUAUGGUGCUACAGGGGCUGGAUUUCAGAGCCUUGGGGACCUGGGCACAAGGUCAAAUGUAUCUACAGCUACCCCACCUGCUCCUCUCUGGAGAAGAUGAUAAUCCAGCUGUUCCAGUUUUAAUGUCGUUUGUUUCGUGUCGGGAAGGAGGCUGGGGGCUGAGCAUAGGACCUGUGCAUGCAAAACCUAAGAGCAGACAAUCCUUCGUCACAGCCCCGGGGUCCCCUGGGCAGUCAAGGUACCUUACAUCACAAACGAGGGUAUCUUUUGUUUCGUUGUAAUAUGAGUUGGAAAUUGCCAUUUUUUGUCUCUUCCGCUUGCACAUGGAUCUUGGGGCUUGGUCUGUUUUAACAGAGCAAAGACGCUGCUUGGCUGCCACUUCCUUCCAUAUUUAGCUGAAGUAUUGGGGGCUGGGGGGGGGGGCAGAUCCUCAGCAGACAAAAGGCCCCAAUCCUGCUGCAGAGGAGUCUUACGUCCCUGUCCAGCCAACUAGUGCAGCCCAAGCUAGAGUCUGGCUGUGUUCCGCACAGCACGACAGCGAGAGGGAAGCGAGAGGGACAUGCCUAAAUCUGUGCAAGCGCAGGCGUGAAAUCCCUCUGGCUCCACCGAGGCCGCCCGGGAGCUGUGCCGAAGGACCCCAGCGAGGGACGUAGCGCCUAGUCUCUCCCCUCGCCCUUCUGCCCUGAGGUGGCUCGCAGGGUAGGAGGAGAACUUACUAAAGUCCCCUUCACUGGGCAAAUCCAGACCUUUCUAGAUUAACAAAACUGGAAUUCCUGUCGGGAACACCCAAGUUAUCACCAGAUCCUCCCCCUCCUCCUUCCCCCACGUGUCAACCCCCGACUCCAUCAGAACUGGGGUUCCUUCAGGUUGGCCCGAUUCACUUUGGCGGUUCUACAGGCUCCAGAGCCCCGCCUGUUCUGGUUACUAACGACGACGACAACCAUAGUUUUACACACAACAACCAAAAAAAAAAAAAAGCGGCAGCCAGCAGGAAUCUGAAA